UGAAGCGUUUGGGGUCACUGAGUUCUCAUAUUUAGCUCUUGUGUUGAAGCUGGAUUGCUUUCAACAGUAGAGGAAUUCCCUCCAGGUUGUCAAUUUAAUGUGAUUCUUUCUUCCUUAUAAACAGGAAAAGCUUCUCUCUGGGUUAGAUUUUUUAUUCUGCUUUUUUGGUGUGGUGUGUGUGAAGGGUAACUAAGAAAAAAUGGUCUCGAGAUCAUACUCGAAUCUCUUGGAGCUCGCCUCCGGCGAGUCUCCGUCGUUUGGUCGUAUGAGCCGUCGACUUCCCCGUAUAAUGACGGUUGCAGGCAUAAUCUCAAACCUUGACGAUGACCCAGCUGAUAGUGUCUGCUCUGAUCCUUCUUCUUCCUCUGUACCCAGAGACCGUAUCAUCAUUGUAGCUAACCAACUUCCAAUUAAGGCUCAAAGAAAACCAGAUAAUAAGGGCUGGACUUUCAGCUGGGAUGCAGAUUCACUUCUUCUUCAGCUGAAAGAUGGUUUUGGGGAAGACGAAGUUGAGGUCCUUUACGUAGGUUGCCUUAAGGAAGACAUUCACCUCAAUGAACAGGAUGAGGUAUCUCAGAUCCUUCUUGAGAACUUCAAAUGUGUCCCAGCAUUCAUCCCACCUGAUCUCUUUAGUCGAUUCUAUCAUGGGUUCUGUAAGCAACAUCUAUGGCCUCUGUUUCAUUACAUGUUACCCCUAUCGCCAGACCUUGGUGGUCGUUUCGAUCGGUCUCUAUGGCAGGCUUAUGUCUCAGUUAAUAAAAUCUUUGCUGAUAGGAUCUUAGAAGUAAUUAACCCAGAAGAUGAUUAUGUCUGGGUUCAUGAUUAUCAUCUCAUGGUUUUGCCUACGUUCUUGAGGAAGAGGUUCAACCGGGUGAAGCUUGGAUUCUUCCUCCACAGUCCGUUUCCAUCGUCUGAGAUCUACAAGACUUUGCCUGUCAGGGAAGAACUCCUGAGAGCACUAUUAAAUUCUGACCUCAUUGGAUUCCAUACAUUCGAUUAUGCCCGUCAUUUCCUCUCAUGUUGUAGUAGGAUGCUUGGGCUCAGCUAUGAAUCCAAGAGAGGUUAUAUCGGUCUUGAGUAUUAUGGCCGAACUGUUAGUAUUAAAAUCCUUCCUGUUGGCAUCCACAUGGGUCAGCUCCAGUCAGUCUUGAGCCUUCCAGAGACCGAAUCUAAGGUUGCUGAGCUCAUUAAGCAGUUUACUGAGAGGGGAAAAACAAUGAUGCUUGGGGUUGAUGACAUGGACAUAUUCAAGGGGAUCACCUUGAAGCUCUUAGCUUUGGAGCAGUUGCUUUUGCAACACCCAGAGUGCCGUGGAAAGGUGGUUUUGGUGCAGAUAGCCAAUCCAGCUAGAGGCAGAGGAAAAGAUGUGCAAGAUGUUCAGGCAGAGACUUACUCAACUGUGAAGCGGAUUAAUGAGACAUUUGGCCAACCUGAAUAUGAACCUGUCAUCUUGAUUGAUGAACCGCUUAAGUUCUUUGAGAAAGUUGCUUAUUACGUCGUUGCUGAGUGUUGUCUGGUCACUGCUGUUAGGGAUGGGAUGAACCUCAUACCAUACGAAUACAUCAUUAGCCGUCAAGGGAAUGAGAAAUUGGAUAAUGCUGUGGGAUUGAGUCCAUCCUCCUCAAAGAAGAGCAUGCUUGUUGUAUCAGAGUUCAUUGGAUGCUCUCCUUCUCUGAGUGGUGCCAUAAGAGUUAACCCUUGGAAUAUAGAUGCGGUGGCUGAUGCAAUGGACUGUGCCUUGGCGAUGGCAGAUUCUGAGAAGCAACUCCGACAUGAAAAACAUUAUAAGUAUGUCAGUACUCAUGAUGUAGGGUAUUGGGCACAUAGCUUCCUACAAGAUUUGGAGAGGACAUGUAAGGAUCAUGUAAGGCGGAGAUGUUGGGGUAUUGGAUUUGGGUUGGGGUUUAGGGUCGUGGCCCUUGAUCCAAACUUCAGGAAGCUUUCAAUGGAGCACAUUGUGUCUGCCUAUAGAAGAGCUAGAACUAGAGCUAUUCUUCUUGACUAUGACGGUACUCUGAUGCCUCAGGCUUCCAUAGAUAAGAGCCCAAGCUCUAGAUCCAUUGACAUCUUAAACAGCUUGUGUAGAGAUAAGAACAAUGUCGUCUUUCUUGUCAGUGCUAGAAGCCGGCAGACUCUGAGUGAGUGGUUUUCUCCUUGUGAGAAGCUGGGAAUCGCGGCCGAGCAUGGCUACUUCCUCAGGCUGAGCCGAGAUGCAGAGUGGGAAACAUGUGUACCAGUGGCUGAUUGUAGUUGGAAGCAGAUUGCAGAACCUGUCAUGAAGCUGUACACUGAAACAACUGAUGGUUCAACAAUUGAAGACAAGGAAACAGGGUUGGUGUGGAGCUAUGAGGAUGCCGAUCCUGAUUUUGGAUCUUGCCAAGCCAAGGAACUUCUUGAUCAUCUCGAGAGUGUCCUUGCUAAUGAACCAGUGUCUGUGAAGAGUGGGCAGAAUAUGGUAGAGGUUAAGCCACAGGGUGUGAGCAAGGGGCUUGUGGCAGAACGUUUACUUUCCACCAUGCAGGAUAAAGGAAUGGUUCCGGAUUUUGUUCUCUGCAUAGGUGAUGAUCGAUCUGAUGAAGACAUGUUUGAGGUGAUUACUAGAAAUAUGGCUGGAUCCUCUUUAGCCCCAAUAGCGCAAGUUUUUGCGUGUACUGUUGGUCGCAAGCCCAGUAAGGCCAAGUAUUAUUUGGAUGAUACGGGAGAAAUUGUUAGAUUGAUGCAGGGGUUGGCCUCUGUAUCUGAUCAAGCAUUGGUUUCAUAACACUACAAAUCCCCAGAAGAGAAACCAAGAUGCAUUGAUUCUUCUUCUAGUCACUGCCAACUUGAAGUUGGGUAGUUGAAUCAUCUUUCCAUUUUUCUGUGCAUCUCACUUCUUGUAAAUUGUAGUGUUAACAAGAGAAGCUGUAUCUUUGAGUUCUUCACUAGUGUUUGAAUUCAUCCAAUAGCACCUCUGUAAAUAGAUGUUCAUAUUAUAAAUCACAAGUGUGUUCUUUUUGUUGG